UCUGCAAGUCUUACCACCAAUAUGGAGCUUAUAAACCAAACAACUAUCUCAAAAUUCAUUCUCUUGGGACUGACAGACGAUCCAAAACUGCAGCCCUUUGUCUUCAGCCUGUUCCUGUCCCUGUACCUGUUCACAGUGCUUGGGAACCUGCUCAUCAUCCUGACCGUCAGCUCUGAUGCCCACCUCCACACCCCCAUGUACUUCUUUCUCUCCAACCUGUCCCUCACUGACAUCUGUAUCAGCACCACCACAAUCCCAAAGAUGCUGGUGAACAUUCAAACACAGGAUCAUAGCAUCACUUACCCAGGCUGCCUCUCCCAGGUGAGUUUCGUGUUGAUUUUUGGUGGCUUGGAAAAUUGUCUCCUUGCAGUGAUGUCCUAUGACCGCUAUGUGGCCAUUUGCCACCCACUUAGGUACACAGUCAUUAUGAACCCCCGGUAUUGUAUCCUGCUGGUUCUACUCUCACUGCUCAUUACUAUCAUGAAUGCCCUGCCCCACAGUUUGAUGAUGCUGCGACUGUCCUUCUGCACAGACCCGGAAAUUCCCCACUUCUUCUGUGAACUUGCUCACGUCAUCAAACUCUCCUGCUCUGAUACCUUCAUCAAUUCUCUGCUGAUGCAUUUAGGGACCAGCGUAUUUGCUGGUGUUCCUUUCUGUGGGAUUAUUUUUUCCUAUACUCAAAUUUUCUCUUCCAUUAUGAAGAUCCUAUCAGUGGGUGGAAGUCACAAAGCUUUUUCCACCUGUGGAUCUCACCUCUCAGUGGUGUCCUUGUUCUACACAACAGCUUUUACAGUGUACAUGAGUUCUGCUGUAACAGACUCUCCCACUAAGAAUGUAGUAGCUUCAAUGAUGUACAUUGUGAUUCCUCAAAUGCUGAACCCCUUUAUCUACAGUCUGAGGAAUAAGGAAAUGAAGGAAUCCUUGAUACAUCUCAUCACUGGAAAAUCUUCUUUUCUCUGA